GGCGGAGGAGGAGGCGGCGGCGGCGGCGGCGGCGGCGGCGGCCGUUGCAGCGGCAGGAGCCCAAGGCGGCGGGAGCCCAAGGCGGCGGCGCCCGCGGCCCAUCUCGGGGCCGGAACUGUGCGCCUGGGCCCGGAGCCCGGUCCGGGCGGGGGCGCCGACGCGCCUCCCCGCCUGCCGUUGCUGAGGAGGCGGGAGUGAGGAAAAAGGCUUCGGGCCCAGGGGGCGGGGAAGGGGGGGGCGGGCCUGGAUCCGGCGGGGAGGCCGGAGCGCGGCUCGCGCGGCCCCGGGGACACGCAUCCAGCGGCGGCGGCGGCGGCGGCGGCGGCGGGGGAGCGCGGGGGCCAUGGCGUCCGUGCAGGCGUCCCGCCGCCAGUGGUGCUACCUGUGCGACCUGCCCAAGAUGCCGUGGGCCAUGGUGUGGGACUUCAGCGAGGCCGUGUGCCGCGGCUGCGUGAACUUCGAGGGCGCCGACCGCAUCGAGCUGCUCAUCGACGCCGCCCGGCAGCUCAAGCGCAGCCACGUGCUGCCGGAGGGCCGCUCCCCGGGGCCGCCCGCGCUCAAGCACCCGGCCGCCAAGGACCUGGCGGCCGCCGCCGCCGCCGCGCAGGGGGCCCCGCUGCCGCCCCCCCAGACCCAGCCCCCGGCGGCGGGCGCGGGCGGCGGCGUCUCGGGCCAGGACCGCUAUGACAGGGCCACGUCGUCGGGCCGCCUGCCGCUGCCGUCGCCCGCCCUCGAGUACACGCUGGGCUCCCGCCUGGCCAACGGGCUGGGCCGCGACGACGUGGUGGCCGAGGGCGCGCGCAGGGCGCUGCUGGGCUCCAUGCCGGGCCUGGUGCCCCCAGGGCUGCUGGCGGCCGCGGUGACGGGGCUGGGCGGCCGCGGCCUGGCGCUGGCCCCGGGUCUGAGCCCGGCCCGGCCGGUGUUCGGCUCGGAUUUCGAGAAGGAGAAGCAGCAGAGGAACGCGGACUGCCUGGCGGAACUGAACGAGGCCAUGCGGGGCCGGGCGGAGGAGUGGCACGGGCGCCCCAAGGCGGUGCGGGAGCAGCUGCUGGCGCUGUCGGCCUGCGCCCCGUUCAACGUGCGCUUCAAGAAGGAUCACGGGCUGGUGGGGCGCGUGUUCGCCUUCGACGCCGCCGCCCGGCCCCCGGGCUACGAGUUCGAGCUCAAGCUCUUCACCGAGUACCCCUGCGGCUCGGGCAACGUGUACGCCGGCGUGCUGGCCGUGGCCCGCCAGAUGUUUCACGACGCCCUGCGGGAGCCCGGCAAGGCCCUGGCCUCCUCGGGCUUCAAGUACCUCGAAUACGAGCGGCGGCACGGCUCCGGGGAGUGGCGCCAGCUGGGCGAGCUGCUCACCGACGGCGUCCGCAGCUUCCGGGAGCCCGCGCCGGCCGAGGCGCUGCCGCAGCAGUACCCGGAGCCCGCGCCCGCCGCGCUGUGCGGACCGCCCCCCCGCGCCCCGUCCCGCAACCUGGCGCCCACCCCGCGCCGCCGCAAGGCGUCCCCGGAGCCCGACGGCGAGGCGACCGGGAAGAUGACCAGCGAGGAGCAGCAGCAGCGCCACUGGGUGGCCCCCGGCGGCCCCUACUCGGCCGAGACCCCCGGCGUGCCGUCGCCCAUCGCAGCGCUGAAGAACGUGGCCGAGGCCCUGGGCCACUCUCCCAAGGACCCCGGCGCCGCCGGGCGCACCGGGGGCACCAGCCCCGCCGCCUCGUCCACCGCGCAGCCCCCGGCCCAGCAUCGCCUGGUGGCCCGCAACGGGGAGGCCGAAGUCAGCCCCACGGCGGGGGCGGAAGCGGUCAGCGGGGGUGGCGGCGCCACCGGGGCCACCCCGGGAGCCCCCCUGUGCUGCACCCUCUGCCGGGAGCGGCUGGAAGACACCCACUUCGUCCAGUGCCCCUCGGUGCCGGGACACAAGUUCUGCUUCCCCUGUUCUCGCGAGUUCAUCAAGGCGCAGGGCCCGGCGGGGGAGGUGUACUGCCCCAGUGGGGACAAGUGCCCGCUGGUGGGCUCCUCUGUCCCCUGGGCCUUCAUGCAGGGCGAGAUCGCCACCAUCCUGGCGGGAGACAUCAAGGUUAAGAAAGAACGGGACCCCUAGGCCGCCACUGCCACCAGUCUACUGCCCCCCUUGCCACCACCGCCGCUGUGGAUAAAUUAUUCCCUGCCCAGCCCAGUGCCCCCUGCCCACCUGUGUACAUACCCCCUUCCUCAUCCGAGAUGGGUCCCCGGAGGUAGAAGUAUUGAGGGUGGUGGGGGGAGAAAGCUUGUGGUUUCUGUCCGAGGGGGUAUCUGGGGAUCCCUUAGCCCCUCCGGUUUCCCUCCCCCCUCCCUCCCUGGCUUGGCUUGGCUGCUGCUUGUAGUUGGGGGAGAAGCGCCCCCCACUCUUCCUCGAGGAGGGGUCUCCUGGAAUCUCGCUCUUUAUAAAUGAAGCAAAAGCAUUUUAUUGUCCCGCCCCUCCCCUUGUCCUUCAAUAAAUGGAAAGAUGGGUCCCCCCCC